AUGGGUGCCACGUCAAAUACGAGUUCUGUGAUUAAUAAAGGUUUUUUUGAACCUGGUCAAUAUACAACAUGUAUUAAACGGUAUGAGUUUGGGAAUGAUUUAAUAGAUCGUCUUUUGACAAUGUUUGAUGAACGAUCACAAUUAGAAUUGUCCUAUGUAAAUUCUUUGAGAAAUUGGUCAAGAAAAUGGCAUGCUGAACUUAUUAAACUACCCGAAUAUGUAACAAAUAAAAAAGUAUGGGAUCAGACAGCCACAACAGGUGAACAAAUGGCUGAUAUUCAUCAAACAAUUACAUCAAAUAUAAAUGAUAGUAUCGUUCCUAAACUUCGUCAAUGGCGAAAAAAUAAUUAUGAAAAAUCUCUUAUUAAUUAUAAAAAAUCAAAAGAAUAUGAAAAAGAAUUUGAACAUGUUCAAAAACCAUGGAUUAAACUAUUAGGACUUGUUCAAGAAAAUAAACGUGCCUAUCAUGAUGCAAGUAAACAAUUACAACAUAUUAAACAAGUUCAACGAAAUAUUAAUUUACAAAUAGAUAGUGAAGAACAACAAAAAACAAUAGCGGAUAAACUUAUACAAACUACAAUUGAUGUUGAUGAUACAAAGACAAGAUAUGAGAAGAUAUUAAAAGAUGUGGCAGAUCAACGUCAACGGUAUGAAGAAAAUAUGAUUGAAUGUUUUAAUCAUACACAAAUAUUUGAAAAGAAACGACUAGAUUUUUUCAAAGAAAUAUUUCAAGAAUAUUUACGAACAUUAGAUGCUUCAAAUUCUACAAAAAAAAUGUAUGAUGAUUAUCAGACAAUGUUAAAAGUACAUGAUACACAAAGUGAUUUACAAUGGUGGAAUAUGCAGUAUGGACCAGGUGCAGAUUUAGCUCAUCCCUAUUAUCCAACAUUCGAAGCGUAUCAAGAAAUUAAAUAG